AUGGCUGAUCAAAUGCAUUAUUUUAAAUCUAAUCUGAGACGCAAGGCAGUUAAAUCAGUGUCUAAUUUGCUGCAAGGUAUUGAGAACGACAGUAAGCUUGUUGACGAUGAUCUGAUUGAUGACCACACUGUACAUGACUUAGAUGUUGUUGUAAAUUGUGACGAUAGUGAUGACUUGAUGCGAGACUGGAACUUGGACAGUGACCGUGAUGAUAGAGAGGGUCCUUCUGAGCAUAGACCUGACCUGGCUGAUGAUUUAGUCAAUUGGGCUUUGGAGUUCAAUAUCACCAUGUAUGAGUGUUACAACCCUGCGCUUUCUCUUCUUGCCUUCUGGAGGUGGGAUGACCUGGGAGGAAUGUAUCAUAUCGUGGAGUUUGUCAAUUCAAAGGAGGUUGAAGUUGUCCACUCUAAUUGGCUGGAAGGAGGCGAAAGUUUCUGGCCCCCUUUUGUAUCUCUUGCAAAGCUCCGUAGGGCAACUAAAGAUGGGGUGAUGCCAGGUGCUGACUGGACUCGAUUCAGAGUCCGUGUGAUGUAUUCAUAUGACCUUAUAAAUUUAUUGUUGACAGACGUGUAUGAGAUUGCCUGUGCAAAGCUGCUAGAGGCAACAAUUACCUCUGAUCUAAAUACUGAAGAUGAGGACAACAGGCCAGAGUACAUGAAGAGAAAGAAUAGAGGCUGUAAAAGAAUUGUAAGCAGCAGUGAAGAGGAGGAAGAGGAGCAGGGAAGGACCGCUGCACUUCGUGCCCCAACCAAAAAGAAAACUUACACUCAACUUGCACCAGCCCCCUGCAUCCCAUCUCUUGGUGCUCUAGGUGAAUGGAGUCAGCCAGCUGGUCAAGGUUUUUGGUCCCCAGGCCAUAUUUCAGAGACCACAGUGGAUCCCCCUUCUGAUGCAAACAACUCGGCAGCAAGUCCGCGGGCUUCUCCCCUUUCAGCGAACAUCACAGCGCUUAGUCCACCACCGUGGUCUCCAGUCUCCACUACCAACAGCCUGAGUGCUACACCUACAGACACCCCAACCCAUGCAGCAGCUGGCAGAAGUCAGACAUCAGGCCAAACUGGAUUUCAACACACACCACAAGCAUAUGACACACAACACAGGUCUUCUCGGGAGGCUGUGCCUACAGCAAUUGCUAAGGAGAUCCUCAUCCAGCUCGAUUCUAUUAGAGAGCAGCAGUUGCUCAUCCUGGUGCAGCUCCAAAAAAUCUCCAGCAGUCAAGCAGUUCCAGACUUCACGCCAGACCCAACACAUUUUGGGCUCCCACUUUCAACUAUUGAGGAGCUACAAUGUUUGGAGGAGACAUUAAAGAAUCCAGAGGAGAAGAAGAAUUUGACUGUUCUUCUUGGAAUGGUCGGAGGCAUGACUCUUAAAGACACAGUGGGGCGGGUCCUGAAAAGAACAAUGAACUCUUCACUGGCGAGACUCAUUAAUUGGAGUGGGGCCAACCGAAAGCCUGCAUUCAAAGGGCUCACUUUGAAAAGUGUGGUUCUUGAUGCAGUCCGCCGGAAUGCCCUGACCAAAGAUAAUACAGAAAAGGAGAUAGAGCUCCUCAUCACCAGGUGGCUGCAGCUAGCAUCUGAUAGGGAUGGUGGCCGAAGCCAGAGGGCGAAUAGACAGACAAUGAAUUAAACUGUUUUUUAAAGUUAAAAAAUGUUGAUAU